UAUAAGGCAAAUGUCGGGGCGGGCCAGCGGCACUGGGGAGUUGAAGGACCCGCAAAACACGCACUGCAGCACGGCCUCAACUUCCAAACAACCCGCCGGUUUGGUUGUUGUUGUUUUUUUUUUUUUUCUUCUUCGCGCCCGGAACAACUCCCCCCCCCCAAUCAUGAGCACGGCUGUGGUGUCGCCUUUUUUCGACUUUGAAGCGAUGAACAAGAACAACAAGCUGCUCGGCUUCAACAACAACAACCCCAUGACGGUCCCCAACGUAGCCAUGCCCAGCCCCGCCGGAGCCCUGCUGGACAGGAAGGCGGUGGGCUCCCCGUCGGCGGGAGGCGUGUACCAGCGGCGGCACUCGGUCAGCAGCGGCACCAAGUUCAGCCAGAACCAGUUCCUCAACAGUCUGAAGGCGGCCGAGCACUCGUUGCUGAUCUCCGGGGCGAACAAGGAGAACCGCCUGCGGGACCGCUCCUUCUCCGAGACGGGCGAGCGGCUCCUCAACAAGUGCCUGGGCCCCGCCAGCCCCACGGGCAGCCAAGUGAACUCUAGCCGCUACAAGACGGAGCUGUGCCGGCCCUUCGAGGAGAACGGCGCCUGCAAAUACGGCGACAAGUGUCAGUUCGCCCACGGCAUCCACGAACUGCGCAGCCUGAGCCGCCACCCCAAGUACAAAACGGAGCUGUGCCGCACCUUCCACACCAUCGGGUUCUGCCCGUACGGCCCCCGCUGCCACUUCAUCCACAACGCCGAGGAGCGCCGCGGGCCCCCGCUCAAGUCGUCACUCUCCUCCUCCUCCUCCGCCGGCGAGAUGGAGCGUCCCCGGCUGCAGCACAGCUACAGCUUCGCCGGCUUCUCCAGCUCGGCGGCGCUCCGGGACAGCCCCACGUCCGUCACCCCGCCGCCCAUGUUCUUCCCCGACGAGGUCUCCGACUGGCCCAGCAGUAACCCCUUCACCUACUCCAGCCAGGAGCUGGCCAACUUGUUCGGGCCCAGCUUGAGCAGCAACCCCACGGGCCCGGACCCCGGACACCCCACGCCCCCUUCCCCGACCAGCACGCCUUACUACUUCAGACCCAUGUUGGAGUCCCCUCAGAUGUUCGAGUCCCCGUCCAGCCCUCCCGAUUCCCUCUCGGACCAGGAGGGCUACCAGAGCAGCUCCGGGGGCAGCCUGAGCGGCUCCGAGUCGCCCACGCUCGACACCACCCGCCGCCUGCCCAUCUUCAGCCGCCUUUCCAUCUCCGACGACUAGACUCUUUAUCUUAUUCUGGGUUUUUUUUUUUCUUUCUUUUUUUUGACACGAGGAGAACGGUGGCGCGCCCCCCCCCCCCCCCCCCUUUCUACCUCUCGCCCGGGCGGCGUGGGCGCCGCGAGGACGUAGCGAGUAGAGGGAAGCGUCAGCUAAUCAUUUCAUCCCCGCUAAUCUGCACACAGUUUAUUUUGUUGACGUGUCAUAGUGCCAAAAACGACACCCGAGAGAAAACGGACAACAAAAAAGAAAUCACGACAAAUGACUUUUUUUUUUUUUUUUUUUUUUUU